UUCACAUUCAUGUCCUCCGUCCACCGCCUGAAAUGAAGAUUCCUUAAAUUUUCCCCAAGAACAGAAGCGAUUGUUUAUUGAGGGGAAGAUGUCUCAGAAAACAACAGCCACGCCUUCAGCUCUCAUGGCCCUUCAUUCAGAUUCACAUAAGCAGAGCAUCUUGAGCAAACUGGACAGGCUCAGGAAGAGGGACCUUCUGUGCGAUGUUACUUUUGUUGUGGAAGACGUCCACUUCAAGGCGCACAAAGCCCUGCUGGCAGCAAGCAGCGAGUACUUCUCUGUCAUGUUCACAUCAGAAGAUCACGGUAGACAGUCUACAUAUGAACUGGGCGGUAUGGCUGCUAAGACGUUUUCUACAGUGCUGGAGUUCAUCUACAGUGCCCAGGUGUCUCUAGAGGAGAGCGCCACAGAGCAGCUCCUGGCCACGGCUCAUCUUAUGGAGGUCGGUGACCUUGUGAAAGUGCUCACUGAACUCACACGUUCUGCUGCAGGGGUGAAGGGUAAUGAGGUGAAGGCAGACAAAGCUGCAGAGCCUGAUCUGUCGAAACGCAAAAGAGGACGGCCAAAGAAAAAUGUGGAUCUGCCUGUUACAGAGCUGGAGGGGAGAAGUCCACCAUGUGAGAGCUCUGAGGAGAGCCACGCCGCAGAUGUGGACCGUGAUGAUGUAGAUGUUGACUCCUUAUCUAAAGACGAUGCAGUUUACGACCCAGGAGCACACCAGAGCCGACAGAGCAAACGCGAAAUCAGGCCUCCACUAAAAUACAAGAGUUACACAGUGGACACUGACACAGCAGUGAGCAAAGAGCUGGGGAAAAGAGGAAGGAAAAGGAAAUAUCCCAGCACAGAGGCCCGGUGUGAGGACUGCGGCAAAGUGUUUAAAAAUCACCUCUUUUUAAAAAUUCACCAAAGGACUCAUACAGGAGAGAAGCCUUUCCGGUGCCUGGUUUGUGGGAAGAGUUUUACCCAGAAGCAUACUCUGCUGGUUCACCAGCGCAUGCACACUGGAGAGAAGCCGUUUGUCUGUACUGUCUGCUCCAAAGCUCUCUGCACCAAACACUCCCUACAAGAGCACAUGAACCUCCACAAAGAAGAGAAAUCCUUCGACUGUGAUAAAUGUGGAAAAACUUUCACUCAGAAGAGGCAACUUAAAAGUCAUUACAGGGUUCAUACAGGUAAAUCAUUGCCAGAGUGUGCUCUGUGUCAUCACAAGUUUAUGGACACGGCUCAGCUGAAAAAACACCUGAGAACUCAUACAGGCGAGAAGCCUUUCACAUGUGAGAUUUGUGGGAAGUGUUUCACAGCCAAGAGCACACUGCAGACUCACAUCAGAAUUCACAGAGGUGAGAAGCCAUACGACUGCAACAUCUGUGAUAAGUCGUUCACAGACCCCAGUGCAAGAAGACGGCACGUCGUCUCUCACUCGGGAAAGAAACCUUUCACUUGCCCCUUCUGCAGCCUCUCAUUUACCCGCCUGGACAAUCUGAAAACUCACACCAAAUCCCACAGCAAGGAGAGAGCAGCGUCAACGGAGGCCUUAUCUGAUGCAGCGGCGGCAGACACCUCAGCAGCGCCUCAGGAGGAGGUGCGUAACAUCCUGCAGCUCCAGCAGUACCAGCUGCCGUCCAGCUCUGAGCAGGAGAUACAGCUGGUGGUGACUGGGGACGUGAACAACAUUAACUUUGUGCCGGGUCAGGACCAGGAGAUCAGCAUCAUCACCACAGAGGGAGAGACGGCAGAAUCGGCCCACUCUAGACUCACCCUCCUCACCCAGCCAUCAGGACAUGUGCAGAACGUGGCUCUGGUCGCUGAGGGCGCCGUGGUGGACCACACCCCUCAGAUUCAGACCGUCAGUAUGCUGGAGGGACAGAUGACGCACCAGUCUGAGCAGAUGCACGUCAUCACUCUGAGUAAAGAGGCGAUGGAGCAGCUACAGUCCCACCACGGUCCUGCACAGCCCCUUCAGAUAGCACCGCGACCCGUCCAGCAGCUGCAGGUGAUGCAUCAGCCCAUCCAGCAGCUGGCUGUCACUCAGGUGGAGCAACACAGCCAGGCCAUUCACAUCAGCAGCCAGAGCAGCCAGCCCAUCUCUAUCAGCCAGACCAGUGAGCAGAUCUCCAGCCACCACAUCCAGGGACAAACGUUUCAGAUCCAGGCAGGAACCGUCUCAUACUUGUACACCACGGGGCUGCCGCAGGAGGGCUGAGUGUGGGCCGGAGGACUGGGGACAUAAAUCUGAUGCUGCUGAGGCCAAACUCAUAUAUGCUGCUACCGAACACAUCAGUAAUGGAGUAAUGGAUGAACAAAAUUACCAUUAUCAAGUAUUUUUAAAGGAACAGGUUUUACUGUACUUUACCGUAAAUUCACAAUCAUAUUUUUGUGAGGGGAAGAUAAUAUGCAGUAUUAUUUUUUUUAAGGCCAGGGUUAACAUUUGAGUUACAGAAAUCAGGAAAUUAUAUAUUGGCAAACAUUCAUUAUGUUUACAUCAGCGGUUUAAAAAGAAUAAGAAUGUAUUGAUCUAAAAACCUAUAAUAAGCUUUGUCAGUAAAAAAGUUUAUGCAAUUCAUAAGAACUGUCUGAAAAAAAAAACCAGUUGCCAGUGUCCUUAACUAUAAUAAUAUUUCUUACAGUUCUUUCACAAAUCUUUCAUUAAACUUAACUUGAACAAAAACAGUCAUGUGAGACAUGUAUGGUUAUUAACAGUAGAGUAGAUCUUGUAA